GAUUCUUUUUUGGUUGAUUGCUCGAUCGAUUACUUCCGCCUUUUUCAAACUAAACAUGGCAGCCACUCCAGCUACAAAUCCAUCACAGUUGCUCCCUCUCGAGCUCGUGGACAAAUGUAUAGGUUCCCGAAUCCAUAUCGUCAUGAAGAACGACAAAGAAAUUGUCGGCACCCUGUUGGGUUUCGAUGAUUUUGUCAACAUGGUGCUAGAGGAUGUGACAGAAUUUGAAAUCACACCAGAGGGAAGGAGGAUCACCAAACUGGACCAGAUACUGCUUAACGGCAACAACAUCACCAUGCUCAUACCUGGAGGUGAAGGGCCUGAAGUAUGAAAAAAGAAAAGUUUUGCUGAAACAUUGUUUUAUGUUGUGGUAUACUUGCCUUCCUAUCAGUACUUACUUUCCUCAGUUUGUGAUAAUGUUUUAUUUUGGUUCUUUGUUUUAGUUUUGAGAAAAUAUUUGUAACAAAAGCUUUUUCCUAAUGAAAGCUUGAUAAUGGUAACUGUACAGAGCAACAGUUGGUUGUAACGUGACCCAUUUGUACUUUCGUGGUGAGAAACAGUACUUUUUUGUUAUAAAUAAAUCACAGAAUCAAGUGUGAUUGGAAAUAAA